CUUUUUAAAGGAGAAAAUGAGGAAACGGUUUCAUGUCCAUAGUAGCGAUUUGACUCAACUUCACGAACAACUGCCAUCCCACAUCCUUCCAACUGAGUACGGAGGAUCGCACAGGGACAGUCUUGAAUCGAUAGUGCGGAACUGGACAGAUGAUUUGUUGAGCAAAGAAGAGUUGUUUGUUUCCAUGGAAGCGUAUGGUAUAAAAGAGACAGAGCUGACCAAGAAGAGCGUAGAUGAUGCCGACACUAUGGCUGGACUUGCAGGAACCUAUAAGAAAUUGGAUACAUAAUUAUAUUCAUGUUGUUCAUAACCCACGUUAAUGUCACUUAUGACUCUCACAAGGAAUACAUCGCCG